CACAAAAAUGCAUAAUUCCGUUUUUUUAUCAUUUUUGUGACUUGUGACUUGCCACCUGUCAACGAUUCGUUUUUGUUUACAAAUGUCUAACAUAACCUCAUUUUAAACGUGUUUUGAAAUGAAACAUUUUUAUAGUUUAAGUGAUGUAAAAACAGUACGUAAGUGCUUCAAACAGGAACAAGAGUAGAAUUGUUUGUGUGUGUGACUUUUCAAGUACCAGCAAAUAGUUUGUGUUUUCGUCAACCUAACCUCAAAAUGACUUCAAUCAUUGGUGAUUUUAUCAAAAAUUUGCACUUGAUGACUCUCCCGACGCCCUUAUGGGCCGUCCACAUUGACCCCAAAGAGGAAUUCCUUGCAGUUUUGCAUGUGAAGCCUUUCUGCGAUAAAGUUGUUAUUGACAAGGGGGUUCUCCUCACUUCCGAGAACGGCACUCUCAAGACUUCCGUGUCGUUCAAUGACGAAAUUGUACAACUCCCAGUGUCUGCCUCGAAAAUUGCAACAAUUUCCGACUUAACAAGUCUUAUUUAUUCCCUCCAUGAUGUGAGAUAUUGUUUGAAUACCAAUUUGGGGCUGUCUAGGUGCUCGAAAUACAUUCUGAAUGGGGCCUCAGAUUUGUGCGAGUUUUGUUCUUUUGAAGUUUUUAAUAGUGAGAGGGAUGAGCAACCUCUUUCGUUCAUAGAUAGCCCCCUGCUAGACAACAUGGAGGACAAACGCAAAGAAAAACAGUAUUUAUGUACAGUUUGCGGUAAGAUUUUCAAUUGUUCAUCCGGAUUGGAGCACCACAUGUUAACACAUGCCCCCCCUGAUGACAAACCCUUCAAAUGUAAAGUUUGUACCAAAGCUUUUGCCAAAAAAUACAACUUGAAUGUCCACACUCGGAUCCAUUCCGGCGAGAGACCCUACGUUUGCAGCCAGUGUGGUAAAACUUACUCAACACGGAGCAACCUUUCGACUCACAUAAACAGCACUCAUUGUGAUAAAAAAAGGCACCAUUGCAAGCUAUGUGACAUGUCUUUUGUUCACCCGAGAGUGUUGAGAAUACAUAUGAGGAAACAUACAGGAGAAAAGCCCUUCAUGUGCCAGAUUUGUGGUAAACUUUUUUCCAAAAAUAUUCAUUUGACAAUUCAUACGAGAACGCAUACGGGAGAACGGCCCUAUGUGUGUACAGUCUGUGGGAAGGGGUUUACAACGACGGGAAAUCUCAAUAAGCAUAAAAAGAUCAGUCAUCAAUAAAAUUGCACAUCAUUUCAUAAACCAAUAAAUGUUUUUCAUA